ACAGUGCCGGCAAGAGAGAUCUUUCGAUUUUCACGGCAGAUGGCAGCACCUCGGGCGCUUCCCUCCGCGCUGGAACCAUACCUUCUCUCGGCUUCAGAUGGCUCGUUGAAUCUCCUUACUGGCACUCUUGGAAGCACUGUCAGCUGGCUCACGAAUCGGUACAUUGCGAAUGCUUUCCGGUCUGAUAAAGAUGAAGAUGGAACAGAGUCGGCGGUGCUGCUGGUGAGCUGGAUGAGAGACGCUCCAUUUUGGAAAGGUGAGAUGCGGAGAGCCACAGGUCUGGACAUCUCCCGAUUUGCCCAAGCUGGACGAUUCACUUUCGUGGAUUGCUUCAGCAACCCCACGAUGACCCUCGCCGAGGUCGAGAGAAAUACAACAUCUGCGCUAGAUUGCAUGUCGAAGCCCACCGAAGACGAUCAUCCAAGGAAGAUUACACUCGUACUCGAUGCACCGGACAUCCUCCUCGCCUCGACAUCGUCAACGGCUGCAGCACUCAGCCGCCUGCUGCUCACCCUCCGUAGCCAUGAUGCUGUUGACAGCACCGUGUUAUGCCUAUCUGCUGACCUGCCAUUACUCUCUGCCGCGGUCCCAGAUUCUGGAGACUACUCCGCCACGCCGAUCGAAGUUGAGACCGCAGCGUUCGUAACGACACAAGCUCACUCGGCUCGCUGGCUGCUGAGUGUCCGUGGUCUCGAUACUGGUGCGGCCACCGAUGUCAGUGGAGUGCUGCGAGCGACCCGCGGCGGCGAUCACGACACCGAAGACACUUCGGCGAAGGAAUGUGAAUUGCUCUAUCUGCUCAACCGAGAUGGGAAUGUCAAGGUAUUCAAGAGAGGAAGCAGUGGACCAUGA